UAGUUCAAAUGCACUCGAAUGUUCACUUCUAAAUUUAAAGCGUAGUUUGUCGCACACGAAAUGAUGCGCGGAUACCAUCAACUGCAAUAGUUAGACAAAUCGCCAGCGUGCUACACCUAGUGAAAUUGCAAUAGCCAAAAGCAAAAACGGAAAAGUUGUUAAAUCAGCAAACGAGCAAACAUUUUCAUAAAACCACACGUAACGUAACACAUGUGCGUGCGUGUAUGCGUGAGUGCGAGUGAGAGGGAGCGUGUGUCAAAAUGACAGCAGUAGAAACAACGAAAACAACAACAAAAACAGCAGAAGCAGCAGCAGAGACCAAAUCAACAAAAACAACAACAACAGCAACAUUAUAGUCAGCCAGCUGUGCGAGGUCGUUUUGCCCCCUCCCCUCCCUGAAAAUAGAAAAACAAUAUAUUUGGCACAAACAAAAAAACAAAAUUAGUUCUGAUCUCCGUCAAACAGGAGCAAACCAAAAUUGUUUGUUACGUUAUUGUCACUCAAAGCCCAGCAAGCGUGUUAUGAACAUACUAAACCCAGCGAAACUCAAGUGCAUCGUAUUUAAACAACUGCGUCACACUUGGUCGUUUCUUUUGUUUGUUUUUGAUUUGCUGGUUAAGUUCUACGCUAAGGCUCAACCCUCUGACCACCAGGAGCAGCUGGCAAACCAAAAUAAUAAUAAUAACAACAAUAAUAACGAUAUAAUCAUGGAUCAGGACAUGCCGGAGGAGGAAAUGGGUCAACCGGAGCCGCAACAGCUACCACAACAGGAUCAAGUGGACAUUUUGGCCCGAUUCCAGGCCAUACAAGGAGCCGUGGAGCCCAUGGAUGAAUCCAGCGAUUUGGAUGAGGAGGAGGAGGACGAAGAGGACGACGAUGACGUGGAUGUGGACUAUGGCGAUAGUGAUUCGGAAACGGAGUUCGAGGACAUGGAUUCCGACGCAUCGACUAGCUCAAGCGAGGAAGGCAAUGAUUUUUCCAAGAGCACGCCAAAGUUGCGAACGACUCGUGAUCUACCUUUGUAUUCCUUCCUGCCGUUGCGUUUGGUUAAGUGCCAUUAUAAAACGAAAAAUAUGCCGGGUGGAUUUCCAAUGGCGCGUAGUGGUCACCGAGUCAUAGCCUCCAAUUCGCAUCUUUACUCUCUGGGUGGCUAUAAUCCACGUAGAGCCUCGACUGCAUCGCGAUACGGACGCUGUCAGCUCUUCCAGGAGCUGUGGAGCUACAACUUCGCUUCUAUGACCUGGAGACUGGAGCUAAAUGCUGAUAAUGCUAGCAAUAUGCCUGUGGAGCUGGCCUCCAAUGCGUUGACCAUUCACAAUAACGUGUUGAUUUCUCAUGGAGGCACAGGGUAUCCUUUUGGUGAAUCAUGCUCCAACGACUGCUACGUAUACUGCACGGCUAGCUCUGGCGCGACACCGGGUGUGGAGCGCCUGAAGGUGAAGGGCGAUCUGCCCACAGCUCAAUACGGACCGGGCAUUGUGAUCCACAAGCACUUCCUGUACACAAUCGGCGGAACGACGGGCUUUGAUUACACCUGUGAUGUGUAUCGCUUGGAUAUGCGUACCGGCGUUUGGGAGAAUGUGUACAUAAGCCGCCCGGAGAUGCGCGACGAUCCGGAGGGUCGCUAUCGUCAUGAGGUCGUUUACGAUGGCAAGCACAUCUUUGUGUUGGGUGGCGGAACAUCGCACAUCGUUUACGAUUUGCAACGCAUUCCGGCAUACAACCUGGAGGCGAAUUGCUGGGAUUAUUUCGACACGUAUCCCGAUCGUCGCGCCAAUGACAUGGGAAAUGGCAAUAGAGGUUAUCCAAAGCCACGAAAGUGCUUUUCCUGUGUACAACACCAGUCCUCCAACGGGGACAUCGAAGCCUUUAUAACGGGCGGUCUGCAGGGAGAUUUCACCUAUUUUCGGGACGUUUGGAAGCUGAAUCUGCGUACCAUGCAAUGGUUCCGUAUCGAGACCGCCACAUUGUCUCGCCCACUGUACUUCCAUUCGGCUGCUCAUUCCGAUAAUGGUUGCAUGUACGUAUUCGGAGGCAUCGAGUACUGUGGCAAGAAGAUGCGCCGUCGUAACUAUCUGUACAAGAUGUGGAUGACGGUGCCGAAGUUGAGCGAGAUGUGCUGGGACGCCAUCACAUACUACAAUGACAAUUUGGACUUGUACGACCGAAAGACGCUAAUGGCAGCCGGGAUACCGAAACGUUUUGCAGAACGCUUGCCGCCGCAGCGGAAGAAGUUUGACAUUAACCAGGCAGAAACGUCCAUGCUUUUUUCCCUGUACUCGAAAGCAAAACGUGCCCGCUCCACAACGCAAUAGGCCUGCAUGCUGCCCACCCCGUUACCACGAAAAUAAAUUGAAUCCGAGAAGGGGAGCGGUGACCUCUCGCCCGGAAACUGUUUCAGUUGCAGAACUUUACGUUAUUAUUGUUUUUAAAAAGUUUUGUUUCACAUUGAGCGCGCGCUGUGAUCGAAUUCGAAGGACAUUUAUAGUUGUACACAUACAUAUGUAUUUUGAUACUCGAAAGAUGAGGCGGACAUGUUUAGCAUGUAAAUAAGAAUGUAAUUAAGUUUAGCUAGCGGAACAACAGCCACAGACAGGCCAUGCGUAUGUAUUCUAAACUUCAGCUUACAGAUCAGCCAGCGCACCCCACAAAUCCAAGCAUCUAAAAACAAAAAAAUCCGCGAUAAAUCGCAAAAUAAAUAUCUCACCAAGACCCCUUAAAACUUACUUGCUAAAUAUAUAUUUUAACGGCCCUGAUAAUAAUGUUCACCCUUCUUUAAAUCCAACAGCACCCCACCUCAUCCCCCACUUUGCACACAAAUGAACCAAUAUUGAAGGCUACACCAAACAAUGUCAUAUAGAGGGGACAACCCCGAUGUAUUUUUGUCAAAGUGUACAUAAUAUUUAGGCGGUAGUAAUAUUUAAUUAACAUAAGACUCCAUCAUUAUUGCGAUAUCAUGUACCAAUGCAGUGCGUAAGGUACUGCACGCCCCCCGUGGCGAACGUCGGUUUGCUCGGUUUAUAAUAUACCCAAGACUAAAUUUGGUUGAAUCUAAGUUAAUAAAUAAAUUUUUAAUGCAA